AGAUCAGACUUUCAGACUCAAAGGUUCUCUAAUGUUUUUGCACAGGGGACCCCUUUAUAAGUUUAUAUAGCUAUAUAUUAAUAUAUACUAUAUAGCCCAAACUUGCUCACGAACCCGAGUACGUAAGUGAAAACGCUUCAAAUUGUCAAAGUAAUGAAUAAUUCUUACACAAGAAGACUUAUUAAACAUAGCUUUAAUGGUGAUCAUGAAACUCAGUUGUCAGAAUGUGGAGAAGCCAAUCUUCAUAAAUACCUUAUGGACUGUAAAAAGAAUCCAGGUCAUUCAAAAUUUAUACCUGUUGGUUCAUUCACUUUAGAACAUUUGCCUGAAGGUCAUCAUGAUGAUAGUUUAUAUAACUUUAUCAAAGCUACAGCUGACCUGACAGUUAAGGUAAUGGUACAAAUGACCAGUCCUCGCAGACCUGAGCAGUAUCCCUUCUACAGCAUCAGGGGAAAUACCAACUUGAGAACAGGGAGCGGAAUUCUUUGUGGAUUACAACAGUACACAGAUAGUGAAUAUCGUCAAUUACAACAGUACACAGAUAGUGAAUAUAGUCAAUUACAACAGUACAGGGAUAGUGAAUAUAGUCAAAAUUUAGGUCCCCAUUCAGUGCUUAGCUUAAAGUGUCCAUGUAAAAGAUGUCAACAUUCAGAUUCACCUGCCUGUCAGUGGUGGAAAAUUACUGUAGUUACAACUGCACAUGUUAUUUUUGAUGAUAUUGAGGCCAGCCACACGUCUCUGAGACUCUUUUAUGACAUGGAUGAUUGUCCAGUAGUCGUUGUUGAUACAGUCAAAAUAAUACAUACAGACAUUAUCGCAGAUAUUAGUUGGUUGAUAUGCUUGACUUGUGACAAAAGUAUAGGACAUAAACUCAGCCAAACGUUUGUAAAAUUCAAUACUCACAUAUGGAAAGUUAGAAAAAAAUAUUUGGCAACUAGGGACAUUGACAGGUUAGCCUUCAUAGUGUCACAUCCUCAUGGGUGCUCAAAACAAAUUAGUUUUGGCAGCUGGUUGGACAAACGCCAGGUUGGUAAAUAUCAUUUCCAAAAUAAGUUUACUUAUACAACCUGUACUUGCCCAGGGAGUAGUGGUGCUGCCGUCCAUUGUGUGGGGUAUGACUGGUGUGGAUAUCAUCUAGUUCUGCACAGUGGAUCGAUGAGAAGUGGAUUAAACUACAGUACAUCAGGUUUUGUUUAUUGAUAGAUCCACAUUUAGUUCAUUGAUGAAUUCUCAUGUAGUUCAUUGAUGGGGUCCACAUUUAGUUCAUUGAUGGGAUCCACAUUUAGUUCAUUGAUGGGGUCCACAUUUAGUUCAUUGAUGGGGUCCACAUCUAGUUCAUUGAUGGGGUCCACAUUUAGUUCAUUGAUGGGGUCCACAUUUAGUUCAUUGAUGGGGUCCACAUUUAGUUCAUUGAUGGGAUCCACAUUUAGUUCAUUGAUGAGGUCCAUAUUUAGUUCAUUGAUGGGGUCCACAUUUAGUUCAUUGAUGGGGUCCACAUUUAGUUCACAGAGGGAGAAAAAAGUAUUUUAAACUUAUUCAGCAUAAACCUACACAAAAAAGGGAAAUUUGUCUUUACAAUUUGAGGUCACUGUUUUGUGGCUGAUGGUAGAUGAAAAUCAAAUGUGUAUUACACAAAAUUGUCAAUACUUCCGUCAUCAGACAUUACUAAAGCUGAAUGAACUCAUGAACAUCAAGCAGAAAUGUUCUACAUCUACCUCUCCGACAAGAUUUGAACUCUGGGACAAGCUUUCAAAUUUUCACCCUGUUUCACAACUUGAUGCGUUGAUAGAUCUGUGUAGUUCUUUUUAGGCUACAUGUUAUGUACUAGCUGUGUACAAAAUGGCCAGUGACCAACUGACCUUGGUCACUUAACUCUGUGCUGCUAUUCUUGUUGUAUUUAAGAGCAAACAAUUUUUGUAUUUAUCUUUUCCCCUCCUUUUGAAUGUUAGUUUUUGUAAACUUAAAUUGUCUUUACAAUUGUAGUUGCCUUUUUUUUUAGUUGGUGUUAUUAUCAAAAUAAAAUUAUAUAUAUAUAUA